CUUAACACGCUUUGAUGUCAUCUUUGCAUGUCUCAUUCCAGCACACUGACCUUAAGGAUUCUGAAGAAGCGAUACCUGGCACACACGAGAUGUGACUCGUUAACGUCAGACGCCAAAUUGUUCAUGAAGCAGGUGGUCAGAGAGGAGCUGGUGAAAAUGCAGGACGAUAAUGAAAAAGAGUUGGAGACCGGGAAGCGGCAAAAGAAGCGGAAAAGAGAAAAGGAGAGCGAUGAGGAGAUGAACGGAACAAAAGAUGAAGCUGAGUCCAGGUCGAAGAAAUCCCGUAGUCGGUUAAGCUCGUCAGCUGUGAUGACAGAGUCAGAUGAUAAAGAGAACCUCAAAGCUGAAAGUGAAGAGGAAGAGGAAGAACGUGCUGAAUCUGGUUCUGAGGAUGAGGAGCAAUCUGUGAAGAAACCAGAAGGAAAGACAAACGGAAAGAGCGAACCUCCGACUGACAGUGAAGCGUCUUCAGAUGAGGAAGUGAUCGAGUCGGGACCAAAAGAACAGGAGAGCGAGGACGCUGACAGUCCAGACGAAACGGACAAAAAGAAACCAAAAGCUGCGAAGAACGAUGAGACAGAAAGCGGCGAUAAAAGUCGAGGGGCGAAAACCGCACAGAGUGAUGAAGAGGAGGAAUCCGACGCAGACGGCGAGUCAGAGAAGAGCGCCACAGCCGACGGGAACGCCUCCUCUGAUGACGGCGAGAAAGAAAAAACUGCAGUGGAAAAAAAAGAUUCAGAUUCAUCAUCAUCGCCCUCUUCUCCUGAGGAAGAGGAGAGUCCAGGAGAUGAUGAAAAAGUAAAUAAAAAGAAGAAUAUCAAAAAAAAGAAGAAUGUGAUCGACUACUCUGAUGACAGCGAGAAAGAAGAAAAAACUGCAGUGGAAAAGAAAGACAAAGAUCCAGGUUCAACAUCAUCAUUGGCCUCUUCUGACGAGGAAGAGGAGGCUGCAGGAGACGAUGAUGAGGAAAAUAAAAAGAAGAAGACUGUCAAAAAAAAGGAGAGUGCCACUCAUCAGAGGGAUGAUGACAAAGCGCUUUCCAGGCUCAAGCGCUACAUCACUCUGUGUGGAGUUCACCGGAAUUACAAGAAGCUCCUCGGCGGCUGCAGCUCUGCUAGCGCACGGAAGGCCGCUCUCAAGAAGGAGCUGGAAGAGCUCGGAGUCCACGGUACGCCGUCCAUUAAGAAAUGCAAAAAAGCUCGGAUGGAGAGAGAGCAGGCGCAGGAGCUGGCUGAGCUCGACACCAGCAACAUCAUCACCACAAACGGCCGACCCACACGCAGAGCAGCUUUGGCGUGGCAGAAACAGCGCAGCCCUCCCUCAACUGUUCACGUGCGCUCUCUGAACUCGGGCUCUGACAGCGAGCAGGAAAACGGCGUCCUCAGAGGGAGCAGACGAGCGACGGACUGGGACAACCUGAAGGGGAUCAUCAGUGACGAUGGAGACAGCUGCUAACAGCUUCUCCUGCAGGCGCCCCGACGUUCUCUGGAUGUUUACACGUUGCUCUGAUACCCGAGGUGCUGACACUAUAAAUGUUUCUAAAAGCUGUUGAUGCAAUAAAUGUGUCUUUCUCCCUCUCUCUCAUUUUAAAAGUCGAAUGUCAGGGGAAGGUGAUAAAUUAUUGUUUUUUUUACAUCUAUGUUCUAUUUCUAAUAAAAGUAUUCAUUGAACAAAUUUAUGAAAUCU